AUGUUGCUGGACAAUGAAUUCGUAUAUUUUGCUGUUUCACUGCCGUUGAAUGUUCUCGCGAUCGUGAUGUGGCUAUACACGUCAUAUGGCGACGUCGUGACGUUAUUCGUCGAACCCAUCUCGUCCAUUCUCAUCUCGCGCUGUCUCCUCGAUCUACGAGGAGCGGUCGACCCCAAUGACGAUGAACUUGAACCCGAUGACGUUUCCUUCGAUGACAUUUCCUUCGCUGCCUGGCGAUCAUCGCAGUUUCGGUCACAGAUAGAAGAUACCACGCAUUCGCAGAGGACUGUUGGGCCAUAG